AUGGGCUGGGGCGGUGCGGUGCGGGGCGCGCUGUGGUGCGCGCGGGCGGCGGCGCGGGCAGCGCUCCUGGGACCAGGGCUGAUCGCGGCGCGGAGCAUGUGUGCCCACGCGGACGACUGGCGCUCGGCCAAGGCCAUCUACGACUUCGUCGCCCUCGACAUCGAUGGCAACGACGUGUCCCUGGAGAAGUACCGGGGCGACGUCUGUAUCAUCACCAACGUGGCCUCCAAGUGAGGGAAAACGGCGGUAAACUAUACUCAGCUUGUCGAUUUGCACGCCCGAUACGCUGAGAGGGGUUUACGGAUCCUGGGAUUUCCCUGCAACCAGUUUGGGAAGCAGGAGCCCGGGACCAACGCUCAGAUCAAGGCAUUUGCUGAGGGCUACGGGGUGAAGUUUGACAUGUUCAGCAAGAUCGAUGUCAACGGGGACGAUGCUCACCCGCUCUGGAAGUGGCUGAAGGAGCAGCCCAAAGGGAGAGGCACUCUGGGCAAUGCAAUAAAAUGGAACUUCACCAAGUUCCUCGUUAACCGGGAAGGUCAAGUAGUGAAGAGAUACAGCCCGAUGGACGAUCCCAUUGUGAUCGAGAAGGACCUGCCUGCCUACCUGUAGCUCUGCUCUGCUGUCCCCCUGCCCGUGCCAACCCUGCUGCCCACGGAGCCUCCUCCAGCCCCAUGAAGGGCUGCCUCCAACCCAGCUGCUG